UUCAUUUGCAUUCUAGAAAGAGGCAAACUCUGACGGAUAUACCAGUUGAGUCCACACAGUGACGUCACGGUGUUCGAGGACUUGAACUCAUCGGGAAUUAAGUCAGCCUUGUGUUAUCGUCAUUGAAGCAUCUGCCAUUUUGGGACGUUGGAUAAAGAGAAAAAUCAUCGCCCACCUGCCGUUCCUGGAAAUACGAAGUUGGUGACGGAGCUGAAUAUCAGCAAACAAGGCUGCGUGGCUCACAACUGACGGCCUCAGCCUGAAGGGGAAAUCACUGUCCACAAAACAUUCACUGUAAUUGAGAUCCUGUACCAUCCAGCAAGAAGUGACAGGAGACCAAAGACUAAAGAAGACUGACGACAUAGUGGAUAAGAUCGAGGUUCUGUAACAAACUAGCUUGUAAAUUGUAAUUUUAGUGUGGAUUGCAUUAUAACAGUGCAGCGUAUUUGUUUGUUGCCUUUAUUCCCCGGUUGUACUAAAUUGAUUCCAAAUCAUGGAUGUAUCCCAAGUCCCAGAAAAGAAAGCAAACACUCUGAAAGAAGAACAUCAGCAGUCUGAAGGUGGUUGGCAUGGUCUCUCCUCAGCGCAAAAGAGAAUGGUCAUGAUGCAGCAAGCAGCCCCCGAAUCAACCGCUUAUGUUGAAACGAUUGCGGUUCGCACCACCAACCAAAUAGAACCACGUGAUGUUUUCAAGUCUCUUACCUCACUGCAUCCCAUACUAACCUCCAAAAUAGACAUGGAUGGAGAAAGACAGGAGUUUGUUGUUCCUUUGGGUAGCAAUGUGGCCUUCGACGUCAAGCCUGAAGUCUUAGAUGCUGACAAUGAUGUUGAGGAUUACAUCAAGCAGUCAACACCAGUGAUGGAUAUUUUUCACGAGCCUCUCGUUCAGUAUCGGUACUGCAUUCAGGGAGAAAACCACAUCCUUGUACUUCAUAUUCAUCAUUUGAUUGUCGACAUCGUAACAAUUAUCAACAUAUGGAAAGAUAUCCACGGUCUGAUAGAGGGCGCCUCCAACGUUAAAGGAGCUCCAGUAUCAGCUACUUCCUAUUCAUCAUUUGUAGCUUGGGAGAGCACCGAACGACAAUCAGCACGACACGGAGCUGACCAAGAUUUUUGGAAAGAGACUUUCUCAAGCAUGCCAACUCGGGCAAGUUUGGCUGUUCUUCCCUUGAGCGAGUGUGAAUGGAGUGACGCAAGUGUCUACAAGGCGAGGCAGGCCAAAAUCAUCCUCCCAAGGGAGUCGACGGAAUCGAUCAGCAAGUACUGCCAGUCGAUUGGCGUGACGCCAUUCAAGUACUAUCUGGCUUGCACCAUGCUGGUUUACCAGCGAUACAUCGGGACUGAAGACGUUACUCUUGCAGUUCCGAUUUCAACAAGACCUCAGGCGCACCAAAACACCGAUGGUCUCUUUGUAAAUACAGUUUUGUUUCGAAAAGUCCUGCGAACCGACAUGACCUUCACAGAUUACGUAAAAGAUGUUGCCAAAAGCUGGAUGGAGACGUACAGUCACUCUCAGUAUCCUCUUGAAGAGGUUGUUAAAAUCGUAAAAGAGGCGCAUGGAAUGAGUAUGUCAUCAUUCUGUUGCAUGAUGUUAGGUAGCUACACCAUGCAGACAUCUAAUGUGAUGCGUAUACCUGCAAAGCACGCCAAGAUGCCUGUAGAAUUUGACGUCAUUUUCAAGAGGGGAGAAGAGACAAUCGAAAUCGUUGUAAAUUGGGCAGAAGAAUUCAUUGAUGCAGGUGUAGCUCAGAGAUUGGCUGAAGGUGUGGUUCAUACGUUCUGUAAAGCCUAUCAACAAGCAGACGAUAUCACGCAGAGCAUUCAAGUCUUAUCUUCUGCAGAGCUGGACCUUCUUGAGUCGUUCGGUCGUCAUCCUGGGGAAAGUCAAACAAUCCCUGAACAACCAGUUCACGUGGCAUUUGAAGACCACGCUGUCAAGAAUCCAGAGUUGAUCGCAGUUUCUUGUAGAGAUGUUUCUCUUACAUACAAGCAGCUAAAUAUCAUGGCCUCCAGCAUUGCUCAGGGUCUCCUUGAAAACACCGACCAAGUUACACUUCAAAAGAGACCGGUUGUCAUCGUCAUGCAGAAGGAUGAAUACACAGUGGCAUCGGUGCUUGGAAUCUGGAAAGUCGGUAGUCACUUCUUACCUGUUGGAGUUAGUAAUCAGAAUUCAUUGAAGGGGAUCUUUGAGAGGUGUGAGCCAGCCGCCGUGCUCUAUAACACUAGACUCAAGGACUUAUCAAUCCCCACCACGAAGCAAUGUCCUGUCCUCAACGUCAAGGAUCUCAUCACGUGUCCUGCAGAUGAUAUGGUUCAAAGCAGAUUGGUUGGGAACACACCUGUAGACAACUUGGCAUAUGUAAUCAGGACCUCAGGAUCGACAGGAAUUCCCAAACAAUGCAGCAUUUCUCACAGGAGCCUUGGUAUUAUAGCUGCAGCCUCUACAAAGAUGUACAACUUACCUGACAUGACGGUGAACUGUCUCCAGUGGGCACCCAUCUCAUUUGGCGUCUUCAUAGCGGAUUUGGUCAGAGCCCUAGUAUCUUCUCCUGGCCGAUUGACUAUCUGUCCAGAUGAAUUCCGGUUGGAUGUCUUCCACAUACUGGAUCUCAUCCACGAGCAGAAUGUCACUUUGGCAGAGUUCACACCCCAGUUUGCUCGACAGCUUGUGGAGAAUGCCAAGCUCGAUCAGCUGGAAUCCAUCCAACUCUUAAUCCUUGGAUCUGAUGUACUCCAAGUACACGUCUACAGCAGAAUCAAGGAUCUUUUGAAUCCAAAUCAAAGAGUUCUAAAUAGUUUUGGGAUGACAGAGGCUACCUUUGACUCGUCUUUCUUUGAAGGACCAGUUGUGUCAAGGACCAGGAGUGGAAUGGUGCCGAUUGGGAAACCAUUUCCUGGAGUUCGAUUCCAUGUCUUGAAUCCCUCAACCUUACAACCAUGCCCUGUUGGUACAGUCGGUGAACUGUACAUCAGUGGUGAUGUCUUGGCAUCUGGGGAUGCAGAGCUAGUUCACUUGGAGCAUCUCCAAUGUGUGGCACUGAAGACAGGUGAUGCAGCUUACUGGCUGCCAACUGGAGACAUGGAUCUGAUGGGUAGACUGAAUAGCAUGGUCAAACUAAGAGGGUUCAGGAUUAGCACUAAAGAGAUAGAAAACAAGAUACUGCAACUUGUUCCUGGAGUAAAGGCCGCCUGUGUUGUUCCUAUGACUAACAGUGAAGAGUCUGGCAGCACUGAUCAGUCUUUGUGUGCCUUUGUAGUGCUUGAUGAGAGCAGCCAAACUGGUGGUAUCGAGAUAGAUCGCAGAUCUGUUUGCCAAAAGCUACAAAGUGACCUCCCGAAUUACAUGCUGCCUAAUAUUGUCAGCAUCAUAGACGAAGUGCCGCUAACUCUGAACGGAAAGGUAAACUACAAAAUACUUCGGAGUAUCAAUGAUGUUGUCAAGAUGGAGACUGAGAAGGAGACCACGGAUAACACGGUGGAAACUAAAACUGCCUCAACUUUGAGAAUGUUGUUGGCUGAAGCGAUGGGCUUUCCAGACUCAAGUCGAAUUCCAAGUGAUACAACUUUCAUGGAAUUAGGCGCUCACUCUCUCGUCCUGGUACGAUUCUCGGUGCUUCUGAGACGAAAAACAAACUUUGAUGUCAAGUUAACGGAUCUAAGUGAUUAUACAUCCAUACGAUCUCUCGCUGAUUUCAUUGAACAGCAAACACGAUAAUUAUAGACGUGCAGCGCAGACGUACCCCCUCAACGGUGGACAUGAGUUCUGGCGAAGAUACAUGACCGCAUAGAACAUUCAAAUUCGAUACUGUGACAUGCGACAAUAGUGUGUUUCGGUCUCUUCAAAUAAACAAAUAUUUGUUUGUAUUUAUGAUAUUACAGUCCCCCAAAUCUGAUCUUGAUAAUAUAGAAACGAAGAAUGGAAAUUGCUGUUCAAAUUUGUAUUAUAGUUGGAGGAUUGGAUGUUUUGAUCCCAGCACGAAUUUUCGCUAAGGCAACAAAACAAUUAAAUAGAAAUAGUUUAAUUAUUAGGCUAAAAAGUUGACUCCAGGAGAUCAAUUGUCGUUUGUUAGUGGGAAAUUAUUUGGAAGCGCAUUCAUUUUUAAUAUAUUUUUCUUUAUCUAGUUGGUAGUAAGGGUUUUAUCAGUUAUUUUAUUUUGUCGAAUCGUCGAAUAUUACUCUUGAAGUCUUUUAAUGUAUAUUUGCUCGAUGUUAAGAAAUUAUUAGAAUUGUUAUUACUCUCGCGCUAAACAACUGCCUCAACUUUGAGAAUGUUGUUGGCUGAAGCGAUGGGCUUUCCUGACUCAAGUCGAAUUCCAAGUGAUACAACUUUCAUGGAAUUAGGCGCCCACUCUCUUGUUUGUAUUUAUGAUAUUACAGGCCCCCUAAAUCUGAUCUUGAUAAUGUAGAAACGAAGAAUGGAAAUUGCUGUUCAAAGUUGUAUUAUAGUUGGAGGAUUGGAUAUUUUGAUCCCAGCACGAACUUUCGCAAAGGCAACAAAACAAUUAAAUAGAAAAAGUUUAAUUAUUAGGCUAAAAAGUUGACUCCAGGAGAUCAAUUGUCGUUUGUUAGUGGGAAAUUAUUUGGAAGCGCAUUCAUUUUUAAUAUAUUUUUCUGCAACUAGUCGGUAGUAAGGGUUUUAUAAGUUAUUUUAUUUUGUCGAAUCGUCGAAUAUUACUCUUGAAGUCUUUUAAUGUAUAUUUGCCCGAUGUUAAGAAAUUAUUAGAAUUGUUAUUACUCUCGCGCUAAACAACUGCCUCAACUUUGAGAAUGUUGUUGGCUGAAGCGAUGGGCUUUCCAGAAUCAAGUCGAAUUCCAAGUGAUACAACUUUCAUGGAAUUAGGCGCUCACUCUCUUGUUUGUAUUUAUGAUAUUACAGUCCCACAAAUCUGAUCUUGAUAAUAUAGAAACGAAGAAUGGAAAUUGCUGUUCAAAUUUGUAUUAUAGUUGGAGGAUUGGAUGUUUUGAUCCCAGCACGAAUUUUCGCUAAGGCAACAAAACAAUUAAAUAGAAAUAGUUUAAUUAUUAGGCUAAAAAGUUGACUCCAGGAGAUCAAUUGUCGUUUGUUAGUGGGAAAUUAUUUGGAAGCGCAUUCAUUUUUAAUAUAUUUUUCUUUAUCUAGUUGGUAGUAAGGGUUUUAUCAGUUAUUUUAUUUUGUCGAAUCGUCGAAUAUUACUCUUGAAGUCUUUUAAUGUAUAUUUGCUCGAUGUUAAGAAAUUAUUAGAAUUGUUAUUACUCUCGCGCUAAACAACUGCCUCAACUUUGAGAAUGUUGUUGGCUGAAGCGAUGGGCUUUCCUGACUCAAGUCGAAUUCCAAGUGAUACAACUUUCAUGGAAUUAGGCGCCCACUCUCUUGUUUGUAUUUAUGAUAUUACAGGCCCCCUAAAUCUGAUCUUGAUAAUGUAGAAACGAAGAAUGGAAAUUGCUGUUCAAAGUUGUAUUAUAGUUGGAGGAUUGGAUAUUUUGAUCCCAGCACGAACUUUCGCAAAGGCAACAAAACAAUUAAAUAGAAAAAGUUUAAUUAUUAGGCUAAAAAGUUGACUCCAGGAGAUCAAUUGUCGUUUGUUAGUGGGAAAUUAUUUGGAAGCGCAUUCAUUUUUAAUAUAUUUUUCUGCAACUAGUCGGUAGUAAGGGUUUUAUAAGUUAUUUUAUUUUGUCGAAUCGUCGAAUAUUACUCUUGAAGUCUUUUAAUGUAUAUUUGCUCGAUGUUAAGAAAUUAUUAGAAUUGUUAUUACUCUCGCGCUAAACAACUGCCUCAACUUUGAGAAUGUUGUUGGCUGAAGCGAUGGGCUUUCCAGAAUCAAGUCGAAUUCCAAGUGAUACAACUUUCAUGGAAUUAGGCGCCCACUCUCUUGUUUGUAUUUAUGAUAUUACAGGCCCCCUAAAUCUGAUCUUGAUAAUGUAGAAACGAAGAAUGGAAAUUGCUGUUCAAAGUUGUAUUAUAGUUGGAGGAUUGGAUAUUUUGAUCCCAGCACGAACUUUCGCAAAGGCAACAAAACAAUUAAAUAGAAAAAGUUUAAUUAUUAGGCUAAAAAGUUGACUCCAGGAGAUCAAUUGUCGUUUGUUAGUGGGAAAUUAUUUGGAAGUGCAUUCAUUUUUAAUAUAUUUUUCUGCAACUAGUCGGUAGUAAGGGUUUUAUAAGUUAUUUUAUUUUGUCGAAUCGUCGAAUAUUACUCUUGAAGUCUUUUAAUGUAUAUUUGCUCGAUGUUAAGAAAUUAUUAGAAUUGUUAUUACUCUCGCGCUAAACAACUGCCUCAACUUUGAGAAUGUUGUUGGCUGAAGCGAUGGGCUUUCCAGAAUCAAGUCGAAUUCCAAGUGAUACAACUUUCAUGGAAUUAGGCGCUCACUCUCUUGUUUGUAUUUAUGAUAUUACAGUCCCCCCAAAUCUGAUCUUGAUAAUAUAGAAACGAAGAAUGGAAAUUGCUGUUCAAAUUUGUAUUAUAGUUGGAGGAUUGGAUGUUUUGAUCCCAGCACGAAUUUUCGCUAAGGCAACAAAACAAUUAAAUAGAAAUAGUUUAAUUAUUAGGCUAAAAAGUUGACUCCAGGAGAUCAAUUGUCGUUUGUUAGUGGGAAAUUAUUUGGAAGCGCAUUCAUUUUUAAUAUAUUUUUCUUUAUCUAGUUGGUAGUAAGGGUUUUAUCAGUAAUUUUAUUUUGUCGAAUCGUCGAAUAUUACUCUUGAAGUCUUUUAAUGUAUAUUUGCUCGAUGUUAAGAAAUUAUUAGAAUUGUUAUUACUCUCGCGAUAAACAACUGCCUCAACUUUGAGAAUGUUGUUGGCUGAAGCGAUGGGCUUUCCAGAAUCAAGUCGAAUUCCAAGUGAUACAACUUUCAUGGAAUUAGGCGCUCACUCUCUUGUUUGUAUUUAUGAUAUUACAGUCCCCCCAAAUCUGAUCUUGAUAAUAUAGAAACGAAGAAUGGAAAUUGCUGUUCAAAUUUGUAUUAUAGUUGGAGGAUUGGAUGUUUUGAUCCCAGCACGAAUUUUCGCUAAGGCAACAAAACAAUUAAAUAGAAAUAGUUUAAUUAUUAGGCUAAAAAGUUGACUCCAGGAGAUCAAUUGUCGUUUGUUAGUGGGAAAUUAUUUGGAAGCGCAUUCAUUUUUAAUAUAUUUUUCUUUAACUAGUCGGUAGUAAGGGUUUUAUAAGUUAUUUUUUUUUUUCGAAUCGUCGAAUAUUACUCUUUACGUCUUUUGGUGUAUAUUUGCUCGAUGUUAAGACAUUACUGGUCAGGAAUUGUUAUUACUCUCGCCGCGCUAAACAAACCAGCGUCAGAAAAAUAUCGUGGAUUUCAUUGAGGAUUCAAGUUUUAUAAUUUGUUGGGGCAGAACGAUAUCUUAGAAUGUAGAUUGACUGCAUAAUGGGAGAUCAAUCUUCGAGGCCUAGACUGUGAUCAUCUUGGUCCAAGUUUGGCUAUUUUUUUUUGCAGUAAAAUCUGGGCACUAGUAACAAUGUAAUAAUAUUGUAACAAAGCUUGGCGGUCUAAAGAGUUAUAAUUGGAAUAGCUUCAACUCACGGGACAGAAUUUAAUCGGAAGGAAAGAACGGACCAGUGAUGGGGGUAACAGCAACAAUAAACAGAUGAAAUAAAGAUGGAAGAUGGACACGAAA